UCUCGCCUGGUGGUUUUCUUCCCCUCGCGUCGCGUGUAAACUGUGAAAAAGAGGAGAGGGAGCGGAAAAGAAAAAAGCAGAGAGAGGGGGCGCGUCCUCCGCCGUUCGCCGGGAAUGGCCGUCGCCUCCGGCGAACCGCCGGCGUACGGGCAGUAGCACGCUGGGAGUGGUGGUUGGUUUAGGCCGGUGGUGUGUUGGUGCGGUUGGUUCUGGGUUGGUUACUUGUGCGAGCGAGAUGUUGUGGUUGUAGUCAGUCGCUGCGCUUCACGCGAUCGAUGCCGUUCCAGCUCAAGAACGGUCACCACCACCAGCACCACGGUGCCGCCAUGGAAGGGAAGCCGCCGCUGCUGCCGACGACGCAGCAGCAGCCCGCGCCGACGCCGAGGGUGUCCAGGUUCCGGAGGCUGCUGGUGAGGGUAUCUGCGUCGGAGAAGUUCGUCGCGGAUGGGAAGGAGAGGGACAAGGAAGAGAAGCUGGCGCCGCCGCCGCCGCCCGCGGCCGGCGAUGGGGACGCCGCGGGGUCCCUGGGUCUGGACCGCAUGGUGCUCAGCUUCAUGGAGGAGGCCACCGCCGUCGAGCGGCCACCGCGGGGGCGCUGCAACUGCUUCAACGGCAGCAACCACGAGGAGAGCGACGAGGAGUUCGACUUCCUCCCCUCCGAGUACGCCUCCAAGCCGGCCACCGCCGGUGCAGGCGAUGCCUUGGAGGCUCUAAAGGGUUUGGUGCAGAGCGCGAGUGUUGCGGAGCGGAAUCUGCUCGCGGACGCGUCUAGGCUCGCCGAUAAGUGCGGCAAGGGCUGCAAGGGCAAGGCGGAGUGCCGCCGCGCGGUGGCCGACGGCCUCAGGGCGCUGGGCUACGACGCCUCCGUAUGCAAGUCGCGGUGGGAGAAGGCCCCCUCCUACCCCGCAGGGGAACACGAGUACAUCGACGCCGUGGUGGGGAAGGAGGAGGUGAGGCUGAUCGUGGAGGUGGAUUUCAGGUCGCAGUUCGAGCUGGCGCGGUCGACCAAGGCGUACCGCGCGGCGCUCCAGGCGCUGCCGCCGCUGUUCGUGGGGACCCCGGACCGGCUCGGGCAGAUCGUGGCGGUCGUGGCGGAGGCGGCGCGUCAGAGCCUCAAGAAGAAAGGGCUCCACUUCCCGCCGUGGCGGAAGCCGGAGUACAUGCGCGCCAAGUGGCUGUCCCCGCACGUCCGCUGCGGCGACAAGGUCGUCGUGCCGGGCCCCGCCGCGCCCUUGUCCGCGGCGACGCCGGUUCAGGCGGCGAGCUUUUCCGGCGAGUUCGAGCUCGUGUUCGACAGGAAGCCUAGCAGGGACAGCGCCGCCGCUGAGGGCGGCGUGAGCGUCGGCGAGAAGAUCACGGUGGUGGUGUCGCCGUGGCGCCCGACGGAGGAGGCGAGCAAGAAGCAGGAGCAGGUGCCCAAGGCGAAGGUCGUCACGGGGCUCGCCGCCGUCCUCUGAGCGUGGCGUGGUGAACAGAGAAUAAUAACUACUACUAGUACUCUACUACUCCUAGCUAGUAGCCGCUCUACUACUACUACUACGACUCCCCUAUCUCCCAAUUUUUCACCUCCUUUUCGUUUCUUUUUCCGCCGCGCCUCUCGAUCCGUUUGGGGAUCUAGUUUUUGGUGUUUUGGUGUUUUUCCGGGUUUUAUUUUCGGAAAAAAGGAGAAAAAACACUUGCGUUUGCCGCCGCCCGUCUUUCGCUAGAACCUUUCGCUUUGGUUUCCAUUUUGACCCUUGUAAGUUUUGGUCGUCUUGGCAUCUGGAGGGUCUUUGUGAUCCCUCCUGCCGGGUAAUAUAUGCAAGUAGCAGUAGUAGUAGUUUCAGUUGCAAGGAAAGUGAUCGAGAUGAGGUGAGGUUGCUUGCUUGUGGGCGAUGCCUUAUGAUCACGGGCUUGCCUACUUGUAGGCGUAAGUAAUCACCGUCUCUCCUAGUACUGAUGCUCUGCUUGUAAUUGGUACAUGGAGGAGAUGAACUAUGAGUACCACUUGUUAUUAUUGCUAUGGAAGAGAACCAGAUAUAUGAGCAAUGGCUAUUGCAAAUAUGCUGUCAUUUUGUUC